AUCGCAGCUGGGUCUGUAGCACCUCUGGAUCCGGAUGAGCUUCGGUUCGGUCUCCAUGACAACAGAAUCAGCGGAGUCACUAACACAGACAAACGAACCCAGACCCGCGAGAUAAUGAGUUAGAGAGGUUCGGUUCGUGUUUUGUUGAUGUUGCUGUCUGAGGACUUUGUGCGCUUGUCCUUAAAGAUCCACUCACGGGAAAAUCCUGUUUCUGUUUCGCUCUGAAUCGGGUGGUUUCCCCUCAUCAUCACACAUGUGGCCCGUUUCUUAUAUGAUCAGGGUUUGUUGUGAAGUUUCUGACCGCUGGAAGUUUGCAGCUUCACACGUGUGUGUGGUUUGAGUUUGACAGGACAGGAGUGUCUUAAAGUGACAGCAGCAGAGUUCUGCUUCAGUGUGAACACAGCACCGGAGUCAGAGGAACUGAAGCGGUCUGGAGAUGUGAAGAUGGAGAUCAGGCGACUCUUCUCGGGUCUCAGCCGGACUCCUGGAUCAUCUGAUGGGGGUCUGUGGACGUGAAGAGCAGGUGGAGCUCAGAAGUGUUUCUGGAGUUAGGCUUGUUCUUCAUGAGCGCUGUGUGAUAAGUGUUCUUCUGCAGAUAACACUGCUGCGGUGUUCUUCCGUCCGUGUGCCUUCUGGAGACGUUUGUCAUCUUCUGUCAUCUAGUCAUGAGCAGAACCGCAAGCGAACAGAAACAUCAGAGUGAGACGCCAGAGAUCCGACUCCGCUGGGAAACACAGGAUUUACUCUUUCAUUCAUCACAGAAGCUGCUGUUCUACGAAGACAAGCACCAGCUCCCAGCUCCGAAGUGGACAGAGCUGGCCAGCGUGAUCAACAGCUGCAUGGAGUACGAGCCGCUGCUGAGACCCUCGUUCAGAGCCAUCAUUCGAGACCUCAACAGCCUCUUCACACCAGACUACGAGCUGCUGGUGGAGAGCGACACGGUUCCCAGCAGGCAUCGGGCUCUGGGUCUCGUCGGAGCGUUCGAGAGUCAGGAACCCACUCAGUUUGAGGCCAGACACCUGAUCUUCCUGCAGCUGCUGGGGAAGGGGAACUUCGGCAGCGUGGAGAAGUGCCGCUACGACCCGCUGCAGGACAACACGGGUGAAGUGGUGGCGGUGAAGAAGCUGCAGCACAGCACGGCCGAACACCUGCGAGACUUCGAGCGUGAGAUCGAGAUCCUGCGCUCGCUGCAGCACGAGAACAUCGUCAGAUACAAGGGAGUGUGUUACAGCGCAGGUGAGCCUCUGUCUGCCCCAGAGCAUGCUGGUCCUGAGACACCAUUCACACAGUCUCUCUCUCUCUCUCUCUCUCUCUCUCUCUCUCGCUUUGCCUGUCGGGAAUGAGGGGUGCGUGAGGUUUUCACGGGUGAGAAGAGCAACUGAUUUCCUCUUUUCUUGGGAAUUUGUUUAGUUUUUUUUCUUUUGUUGAUUUUGUUUGUGUUAUUUUUGCUAGUUUCUUUGUUUAUUGUUAAUUUUUAUUUGUAUUUAUUUUUUGUUUGUUUGGCCUCGUGGCGGGGUGUGAGAAUGGAGGCUUACCCCAGUGGGUGGGAUUCCUCUCUUUCACUCCGUCACGGAGUAAGGUGUGUGCCUGUAGCUGAUGCAUCAGUGGAAGAUGUACUCGUUGCGGUUGGUGAACAAAUUGGAUUUGAAAAAAUAGUUUCUGCCUCGCGCAUGAGUUUUCUUUCUUCCUUUUUUCCCCUCUUUAUAUGGAGAGCUUAAAAAUAGGAACCAUUAAUAUAAAUGGAGGGAGGGAAAAAAAUAAAAGGGCAGUUCUAUCUAAAUAUAUACAAACAAAAAACAUUAAUAUUGCUUUUAUACAAGAAACCCAUAGUGAUCAGAUAAAUGAGAUAGAUUGGAGAAUGUGGUGGGAUGGAAAUAUUUUCUUUAGUCAUGGCACUAAUUUUUGGAAAAAAUAUAAACAUAACUGUUAUGUCUACGUGUGAGAUAGAAAAAGGUAGGGCUUUAGCUCUUCAGGUAGAGAUAAUGGGUUUAAGUUUUGUUUUUAUUAAUAUAUAUGCCCCAAAUAAUGGUGCAGACAGAAUAAGGUUCUUUAGGAAGGUGAAUGAAAGCUUAAAAGAUUUUGAUAAGGGUACAAUUUUGGUUUUAGGUGGUGAUUGGAAUUGCACAUUAGAUUUUACUGUGGAUAGGAAUGGAGAGGAACCUUGUCCACCUUCAGCUAGUGUUUUAAGGAAUAUUAUUAGGGAUUAUGAUUUAAUUGAUGUGUGGCGAGAACAUCAUCCAAUGACAAGACAGUAUACAUGGGUAAAAGUAGCUAGUGAUCACGUUAGUUCAGCAAGGCUGGAUCGGUUUAUAUUAGUAGAAGUAAGAAUAAUAGUGUUCAAAAAUCUGUUAUUUCCCCAAAUGGUUUUACAGACCACCAUACAAGAGCUCAUCUUCAGAUGCGUUGUUUUUCUGUCUUCAUUAUAUCAUGAACGGUUUGGAAACCCAGGAUGAGCUGAACGUCCCUCAGAAGAUCAAACCCUUCUGUGUUCAGUCCGAGAUCAUUAGCCUGAAGUCUCUUUAAAAGACUGGUUUGUGUGUACAGUAAUAAUGAAUCCAGAUCAUGAAGUCUGUGCUGUGUUUAUCACCAGAAGAUCUCAAUCAGAUGCUCCUGAUCACAAUCAUUUUAUUUAAAGAGAUUAUAGAUCAGAUUUCAGCCUAACAGAGAAGCACCAUGAUAUCAUCUUCAUCUUCAUCUCAAACACAGAAUCAGCUACAGACUCUUUAACUCCAUCAGUGUGAACGCACUCAAUUAUUGUUUUUUAUUAUUCUUUAUAUUUUUGAGGUAUUACUGAAUGUUAUUAAAGAUGUUCCAAAGACAUGCAAGCAAUGUUUGCUUUUUUCUAUAAAACCAAGUAAAUAAAAACAUUUU